AUGGCACUGAAGACGCCGACGCCGGCUGUCGGCGAGCGCGAGACAUGGGGCAAGAAGGUGGACUUCCUGCUGUCGGUCAUCGGCUUCGCCGUCGACCUGGCCAACGUGUGGCGCUUCCCCUACCUCUGCUACAAGAAUGGAGGGGGCGCGUUCCUCGUCCCAUACUGCAUCAUGCUGGUGGUGGGCGGGAUCCCACUAUUCUACAUGGAGCUGGCGCUGGGCCAGUACCACCGCAAGGGCGCCAUCACCUGCUGGGGGCGGCUGGUGCCGCUGUUUAAAGGUAUCGGGUACGCAGUGGUCCUGAUAGCGUUCUACGUGGACUUCUACUACAACGUGAUCAUCGCGUGGGCGCUGCGGUUCUUCUUCGCGUCGUUCACCACCAUGCUGCCCUGGACCAACUGCGACAAUGAGUGGAACACCCCCGCUUGCAGGCCGUUUGAAGCAAUCUACGAAGCGGCGGCGGCGAACAGGUCACGGCUCCGUCAGAAUGGCUCAUCUGCUUCAUUUCUACCACCAGCAACCACUCCCUUCACUUCUGCGGCUUCUGAAUACUUCAAUCGAGCGAUCCUGGAGCUUCAUGGCAGCGAGGGCCUCCAUGACCUGGGUUCUAUCAAGUGGGACAUGGCACUGUGUUUGCUGGCAGUCUACAUCAUUUGCUACUUCUCACUCUGGAAAGGCAUCAGUACUUCAGGAAAAGUUGUUUGGUUCACUGCUCUUUUUCCUUACGCGGUGUUGCUGAUUCUACUAGUUCGCGGAAUCACACUCCCUGGUUCUGCUACCGGCAUUCAAUACUAUCUUAGCCCUAACUUCGAGGCUAUUACUCAACCGCAAGUGUGGGUGGAUGCUGCAACUCAAGUAUUUUUUUCUCUGGGUCCUGGUUUCGGCGUGCUUUUAGCCUAUGCUUCUUACAACAAGUACCACAAUAACGUUUACAAAGAUGCUAUCCUCACCAGCGUGAUCAACUCGGCCACUUCCUUCAUCGCCGGCUUCGUAAUAUUCAGCGUUCUGGGCUACAUGGCCCACGCCACAGGGCGGGAUGUUCAAGACGUGGCCACCGAAGGACCAGGCCUGGUCUUCGUGGUGUACCCUGCAGCUAUUGCUACGAUGCCCGGCUCUACGUUCUGGGCUUUGAUCUUCUUUAUGAUGCUGCUGACUUUGGGAUUGGAUAGCUCGUUUGGCGGUUCCGAGGCAAUAAUUACAGCCUUGAGCGACGAGUUUCCUCCGAUCGGUCGGCACCGCGAGAUCUUCGUGGCUUGCUUAUUCACUUUAUACUUUUUCGUUGGGCUGGCGUCCUGCACCAAUGGCGGCUUCUACUUCUUUCAACUGCUGGACCGAUAUGCCGCAGGGUAUUCCAUUCUGGUGGCUGUGUUCUUCGAGGCGAUUGCUGUGUCUUGGAUUUAUGGAACUGAAAGAUUCUGCGAAGACAUCCGCGACAUGAUCGGCUUUAGGCCCGGCUUGUACUGGCGCGUGUGCUGGCGCUUUGUAGCCCCAGCCUUCCUCCUUUUCAUCACCGUGUACGGCUUACUGGACUACGAACCUUUGCAAUACGAGGGCUACAUCUACCCGGCCUGGGCUAACGCUCUUGGGUGGGCUAUAGCUGGGUCGAGCGUUAUGUGCAUUCCGACGGUGGCCAUCUACAAACUGAUCACGACUAAAGGAACCUUCUUUGAGCGUCUUCGCAUCCUGACAACGCCAUACGCUGACACCGAAGCAAGCGCAGCUCACAACGGCGUCGUGGUUUCUGAGAGUGGAGGAGUCCGCCUGGCGUCAGCUGUUCACACCCCCACGACCCCCACUGACCCCACCACGCCAGCCCCCGCUGCGCCCCCUCCCUUAGCUAGCGCCCCCCAGCUCGUCUGAGCACAACUCUCCUUCGACGUCUACUACGUCUAAGGCUGUUCACUUUGCGCUUUGUAUAAUGGUCAACCUUAUUUUUUAUUGGCAAAUCUAUGACAUAGAUGAACUGUGGGUUGCCUAUGCAGCCCCACUGAAAAGGACAGACGUUGAAAGAGCGCCAAAAGCAAGUUUCUAAGAAUUAGGCACAGAUAGGCCAAAGCACCAGCCUAGAUCCCUUGCUAUUAUGAUUACGUUGAGUAGGUUAUCAAAGUGAUAGUGAACAUGCUUUCUUAAAUCAACACCACUCCUAAGAUUUUUAAUGAUAUUGGUUAAAACAUCGUCUUCCAAGGCGAAGACGUAGAUUUAUUUAUAUUUUACAAGCUUUAUAUUGACUUCACUUGUUUAUUGUUCGCUGUAAUUUUCCUUGGCAUAGACUGGACAUGAUAGGCGAAAAUUUAAGAGAGGUAGCUUUUGUAAUGAUAUUGUAUUUGGAUGGGUGUAGGUGUACAAGAUUGCUACAUACAUAGUUAUUGAUAUAUUCGUAUUUAUUGUCUAAAUAAAUUAGUUUUAAAACAUACACAUAAUAAUUGGGUAGUGUUAGGAAGUAAUUCAUCAUAAUAAACAUUUCUCUAAAACAUUUAAAAUAUAUUCAUCAUUUUUGUAAAUAAGUAGAAGUGUAGAACAUGUAGCUUAGAUUAAAUUGGAAACUUUUUAGAGUGGAUAAAAUAAAACCUUUCUGAGUUUACCUAUAGUUAUUAACUACUAAAUAUACGAAAUAAAUAUACAUACAUUUAAAAAUCUAAGCCUCUCGUUGAAUAGACAUAUUAAUAUGUGUAAACUUCAUGAAUAUAAUUCAGAAAACCGUCGAAGUAUCUAGUAUUAGUUUUAAAUAUAGUGUAGAUAUCCAAGCAUUACGGUUGAAGCUGGAACAAAGACAGUAUUAAUUGCACAGGAACCCGAUGUCAUUUUUUGUACACCAUGUUUUUAAAAUGUCUUACUUUAUUAGCGUUUUAUUUUAUUUUUGUCUCGUCCAUAUUAGAUUAAUUUCUUCACGAUUAUUGUAGAAGUAAAUGAUUAAUCAAACUGUAAAUUAUAUCAAAAACGUGUAUUGUGGCAUUAAUAGUUUAAGCACCUAAGUAAGUAUAGGUUUAUAAACUAAGCAUAAAUGCAUGUAAUCUAUUAUAAGUAACUGUAUUGAAAAUGAUUAUUAAAUCAAUGGCUGUUUUAUGUAGAGAAUAUAACCUCACGAUUGAUUUUAAGGUUUCCUAAACGAAGUAGUUAUUUCUUACCACACCAUUUAAAUUUUCAUUAACAGACUAUUCAUCCAUUCAGCUAUUCAUAAGAAUAAAUAGAGAUCUUGAUUAUGUAGAACCUUUUCAAAUAAUAUGAUUUGUAGGGAAUAAUAUUAAGGAGUAAUUAUACGAAAAAUGAAAUGCUGUGUAGAUAAUAGACACUGUAGUAAGUAAAUAAAUAAUAAAAAAAUAUAUUAAUCAAUAAGUUCAUAUACCCGCAUUUAGUAGAUAAGGAACGUUAUUCAUGAUAUUUAUCUCUUUACUUAUUACUCGACUUUUCAAUAAUAUAAUCAUUUUUCUCUAUCUUGAUGUUGUGGUUUACGAUUACAAUCAAUAUAAUAUUUGGUGCUUCAUUUUAAGCAGUUAAAUUGUUACUUUGUUAUGUUUAUUUUUAUACAAUUCAUUACUCCGUCCUGGGCAAUGCGGAAUGAUGAAUUGUUAAUGUGAUAAUUACUGAUUUAUUUAUUGGGAGAGUGAUUGGGAUACUGUACACACGCCAAUAAAAGUUUAUUCAUCUCUUUCUUCUUCUGCUUCUAUCGUAGGACUAUAAUGAGGCCGCAACCAUGGUGUAACGUAGUAUUUAUUAACUUCACCAUUAUGACAAGUAGUCAGUAGUCGUAGCUAUGUGAUAAUCAAUUUUAUGCAUUUCUUCUUAGCUGAUAUUAUUGUAAUGUAGUUGAAUGUAACUAUAAAGGUUUUCGAUGUUAUAGAAUCAAUGAUAUUAUAGCAUAUUCAGAUGUUAUUAUGUUAUGUAGUCAAAAGUCAUAUCAGCCAUUAUGACUAUUGAUGUUUAGAAAUAAAUUCGUUUAUACUUACUGUAAA